UAGCACAGUCAAAGAAUCGAAACCUACGGCCCGGGGAUGAAAGUGAAACGUAUUAACCUAUCUAGUCUAUAUGUUGAAGCAGUUUUAAUCUUUACUGACACCUUCAUGAAAGUUGGCUUAUCGAUUCUGUAUUAAAAAUCAAAUGGAAGAAGCCCUGAACUCAGCAACACAAAGCCCUAACAGCAAGGUAGAACCAAGUGACACUCGGGAGAAUGGGGCUGCUCAGGAAACCACUGUCACCAAGAAAAAGAGGGGGAAGAGGAGGGAAAGAACCAGGAAAGUGAAGGAGAUCCCAGUGAACCAGCUGUCUACCAGCCAUGAUCCAUCCCCACGCCAACGCACCCAGGCCACUCAGACCGACAAUGGACAGCCAGAGAAGACCAUGGCGACAGCGGAAACACAGACCCGCUCGCCAUUAGUGCAGGACAAAUCCACGCAGACGCCAGGGAUUCGAUUCGCCAGAGAACCUCUGAGUACCCCCCAGGCUCUGGCAACCCCAGCCCCACUUCCAACCCAGUCUCCCUUAGACCAGCUCCCCCGAGAUCAGGUGCCUCCAAGCCCGCCAGCUUCACCUCAGGGACCCCAAGAAAAACAAUCUCGACGCACAAGUAAGAGGAGAGACCCGAACGAACUCUUUGUGCUGACGUGGAAUAUCGAUGGCCUUGAUCGGGAAGAUAUGGAUGAACGGUUCCCCAAAUUGCUCCACUACCUUUCCAGAAUCCGUGCAGAUAUAGUUCUGUUGCAAGAACUUAUAUCACCCAUUGCAGAUGUCCUUGAAGAAAUCAUGACAGAUUAUGACUUAAUAAGGGGCAACACCAGUGGGUAUUUCACAGGAAUACUGCUGCUUAAGGCCAGGGUGAAACUACUUCAGAGCAGCGUUGUGAACUACCCCACCACAGAGAUGAGCAGGAAUCUACUAAUGGCACAGUUGAGCUUCUCAGGUCACCAGCUGUGGGUGAUGACCUCUCACCUGGAGAGCGGCAAAGCCAGCUCUCAGGAGCGGAUGAACCAGCUGCGCAGGGUGUGGAAGAGGAUGAGGGAGGCUCCUGACGACCACGCUGUCAUAUUUGGAGGAGACUCCAACCUGAGGGACAGGGAGGUUAAGUGGCUUGGUGGUCUGCCAGAAGGCAUUUCUGAUGUCUGGGAGCUUCUUGAACAACCAGAAGACUGCAGGUACACCUGGGACACGGUCACCAACAACAAUAAGGAUGUCGACUUUAAGGCACAGCUGCGCUUUGAUCGUGUUUACAUGCGGCCUGGGAAGGAAGGGGCGAAGGUCACCCCGGUCAGCAUGAAGCUAGUAGGCCAGGAUCGGCUGAAAUGCGGUCGUUUCACAAGUGACCACUGGGGCAUCCUCUGCAAGUUCUCUGUAGACUUGUGAUUAAGCUGAAUUUAAAUUUCAAAUUGAACUGAAUUGCUGAAUCUGUGGCAAUGAAAACAAUAUCUAAAUGUAUGCAGCCAUCAGCUCUAACUGUUUGACUUAUACAUUUGAAUUUGUUGUGAAAUCGGAUUGCAAUUGGGAAAUGGGAAAUAGAAAAUGUUUGUGUUAAAUAACUUGAACAAAACUAUAUAAUGUUUGAUCUGAUUUUGAUGGUGCUCCAUGGAGUUUUAAUAUUUAAUAUUGUGAUACCAUCAUUUGCAAGUGUCUUUCAAUCUCAGGGCAUACGGCUGGAAAAGGUGUUAACUGUCAGACUUUAGCUCUGAAGCCCUUUUGAUUCUGAUACCAUAUCUCCAUAGGCUACUGAGUCACCACUUUGCAUGUUUUCAUUUUGGUUUCAUUUUCAUUCAUUUUGUUUUUAAUUCAAAUGACUUCAUAUUUUAUUCUCACAGCCUCAUUGAAUUGCAUCAUCCACCUCAUGUUCUUAACCAUACCAUCAUUGUUCACUAGAUGGAGCUCUUACCACGUCAUGAAUUUACCUCCGCCUGUCAGCACUGUUUUACAGAACAAAUGGUUCUCACAGAAUAUCUGUACACUCUUACAUUCACAACCAAUACAACAUAUGGCAGUUGGCAGAUAUGAGGUUACCUCAAUAUAUGUUCUGCAUCAGAGGUAUUACAGCUGUAAUAUCUGGAUAGAAAUCGGACUUACAUUUGCACCCAGAACACUAUAAAAGUAAGCCUUUAUAUAAUGGUGGUCUUACAAGAGUAAUGUUUCAGACAAUUUCUUACAUAAUUGUAUUGUAGUUUACAUUUUACUUUUAGCUAUAUGUGACGACCUCUUAUUUCCAUUUACUGUCAUACUUCGCUACACAUAUGAGGAAAGCAAAUAAUGUCUUGUUCAUGAGAAAUAGGCUGUAUGUUGAUGAGACAGAGGCUUGAAAUGCGAGAGUGAUGCUUUCAUAUUUGAAUUCAGUGAACCCUUUACAAGCAAUGAAAUACAUCUAACAUGGUGUAGCCAUUUAGAAAUGUGCCUAUGUCAUUAUUGGAAAUGGAACAUAAAGAAUGUGUGUGUCGUAGGUACAACUGGAACUCCACAGAUGAAUAGUGUGCAAGUGACAGUCGGCAUUUUGUAUGCUGCGUAUUAUCAUUCUUACAAGAGACCUAAAAAGAUUCAUGAAUGAUGAAUUUAUUAUAAUAUAUUCCCCUGUCCUGCGCGUGCACAGGUGGUCAUGUAGUGUUACUGCUUCACACCCUUUUAGUGUACAGUCGACACAAUCACAAAGUAUAGUUCCUUACAUUCUUGGAAACCUAUUCCUAUUCCUAUUUAGUACUGUUUAGGGAAAGAACCUUGGUUUAUUUAUUCAAAAGAUUGAUAGUGUCUGAAAUAUAAGGGAAUAACUGCACCAUCUUUAAAACUACUAUUCACUGUAAUAUACAGAACGAUGAAAUGUGUCUUAGCCAUAACAUCUUAAGGUCAGAGCAUUUUUUCAUUUUUUGGGACUAGAGGCCGUAUGUUGUAUCAGUUUAGCCAAUACAGCAGCCACUUUUGGCCUCUUUAGACACUUAGAGGUCCAUGUUGGUGUCAGCCUCUUUAUAUCGGUUUUACCAAUAUUAGUGUAAAUGCACCUUCUUUGGUUUACCCAACAAAUGGCUUGUUUGUUUUACUUAACACUAUAACGCAGGUUGUAUCAUAUUUGCUACAUGAGUUUUUGAGAUGUCAACGUCAUCAUGAUCAAUACUUUACGGAAAAACCUGUUGUAUGCAAUCUGACACGUCUUCUGCCUUCUGAUGGAUUAUCCAUGCACUGUAGGUGCACUGAAAACAGUAGUGAGGCUUUGAAUGGUAAAUCCAAAAUGGCUGCCUUCAUGUAGUAACUCACAGUUAUUUGGCAAAGAAAUAUUUGGCAAUUUGAGUUCUGUGAUGAGCAAAACAUUUUAUUGUGAUCAACAAAUUGGUAAAAAAAAAAAUCAAUAAACACUUCAAGUGUC